AUGCAACCCCCUCAUUGUUCACCAACAAAUAAUAACCUUCCAAUUACAACAAAGAAUAAUCAUAAUAAUUUUACCAAUCACUCCAAUCCACAAUCUUCAUUCACCAAUCAAUCAAUCAUUCAAUCAUCAACAAUCUGUACACUAAUCAUUAUUCUCUUCAACUCUUUUGAUAUUAAAUUACUUCACCCAGAGGGUUUCCCAGGUUCGCCCCCGUCUCCAUACUCCACCAACCAUUCAUAUUACAUCUUUGAUCUUCCACCGGGCCACGAUGGUUGGUGGAAUAAUCCAUUCAUAAUCAAUCGGGCAGAGCCAGCAGCCAUCAUCCGUUGUCCAAUAUCCAUUGCCUCCCCAGUCAUCAUUGUCGAUGAUCAACUAUCAUCCACCAGGUGGAAGAUCAAGGAUGGAAUAUGCAAUAUCCGCCGAUGA